UGUUCCGUGCGGCGCGGCCUGGAGGGAAUUCUGAGUCCUGGAGCUACGGCAGCGGCGGCGGAAGUGACCGGAGCAGUCCCGGUUCUGUCCCCGCCCCGGCGCGGCCGGCACCAUGCUGCCCUUAUCCUUAUUGAAGACAGCCCAGAAUCACCCCAUGUUGGUAGAACUAAAAAACGGUGAAACCUACAAUGGGCACCUUGUGAGCUGUGAUAACUGGAUGAACAUCAAUUUGAGAGAGGUCAUAUGUACAUCCCGGGAUGGCGAUAAGUUUUGGCGCAUGCCUGAAUGUUACAUCCGAGGCAGUACCAUUAAAUACCUGCGGAUUCCUGACGAGAUUAUUGACAUGGUGAAAGAAGAGGUGGUGUCCAAGGGCAGGGGUCGAGGUGGCGUGCAGCAGCAGAAGCAGCAGAAGGGGCGUGGUGCAGGUGGAGCUGGCCGAGGUGUGUUUGGAGGUCGAGGCCGAGGGGGCAUUCCCGGCAGCGGAAGAGGACAGCAGGAAAAGAAACCAGGCCGGCAGGCUGGGAAGCAGUGAGGGCAUGUCCGUGUCCCGGCCUUGCCAGAGACUUUGACGGGAAGACCCUUUGCUGCUACCUUUUACCUGCCUUCAUGACUUGAUUUCCUAUUUCUAAUUUUUGGUUAACGAAUCUGUUUUUAAAAAAAAAAAAAAAAAGUAAAAAAGAAAGUCGGAGGCUGGGAAGGUGUUGGGGAAGAAUCCUAUGAAUCAUGUCUUUUGUAAUCCUUUGAAAUCCUCUUAUUUAGCUAAAGUUUGAGUAGUCAUUGUCUUACUUGUUUUAGCCACCAUUUUAGAAUUAGAAACUUCGAGGGCUUUUCAGCUUUUUGAAAUCCUUGGUUCCUGGAGACUUGAUUCCUGGAAAAAGUUCAGUGCCAUUUCAUUUGAAAGACUGAGCCCUUUUAAAGUAUAGCUGAAUGUGGUGGUCUUUGUUCCUGAUUUAAGGGCAUUUCAAGAGUGAUUUUCAUUUGCUGCCAUGUGUCUUGUGAUAUUUGCUUUAAGAUUUGGGCAUUUCUGACACAUGGCAGGUUUUUUUCUUCAAAGUUACAAGCCCUGAAACCAUCAGGGAGGUGUUUCCUUUAAGUCUGUUCCCCAACCUUUUUGCUUCUCCUUUUUUUUUUUUUUUUUUUUUUCUAAACUGAAAAUAGAGGUUGGAACUUGUUUCAGGGAAUAAUUAGUGGAACUGUUUUCCUGUUCUUUUCCCAGUAUUUGUUUUGGGGAAACCACUUUAGUUUGUGACUGAAAUAAAAAUAAUACAACAAUAAGCUGAAAAUUAAUAAUUCCUUUUUGUAUGCUCAACAGAUGAGCAUGUGAUUUCUUCAUUCUCAGAUUGCCAUGGAGCUUAUUUCCACUCUGGCUUCUCAGGAAACCCCGUUCCCUAGAAUGAUGGUGGCUUUGGGUUUGAAGUAAGAAUGGUGCUAUGCACUUUCUUUGUGGCAUCAGAGCUGUUCCACUGGCAAACCUAUUAUACUGGUUCUUUGAGACAUGUGUCCCUUUCAGAAGUUAAACUAAUAUACAGAAACACUUCUUUUAUUACCUUUUAAACUUGAAGAUUCUGGGGGUAGAAAUAGAAUAUUUAUGGUUUUUUAUUUCAGUGCUUUGAAAUUUUAACAUCAUCCUCUACAUUCAUUUCAUUUUCUGGAGGAAGAAAAGUUCUCACUUUCCUUUCCCCUCUUUUCUCCUCUUUCAUAUAUCAAGAUUGUAGCCAGGAUUUUGCUUUGAAAUAAUAAUCUGAAAUGUAUGUGGAGACCCUUUGGAGACAUCUGAAAUCUGGUCAGACUUCAGCCUUUUGGAUUUAACUUUAAAAGUAUAUAGCAGGGGAAUUUGUACCAUUUGCUGUCUUUGCUCUUUGCUGUCUUGGGUUCUUUAAAGUCCCUAUUUCCUAUUCUGAGAAAACUUCAAAUUGAAGCUGUAUAGGGAUAUAGGAAGAAAUACUUGAAAAAAUAUUCUCAUUGAGCUUUUCACAUUCUUUUAGAAAUAAGGAACCUAUUUCUUCUAGAAAUAAGAGAAUGUAUAUUUUGUGUCAAUAAUUUAUCUUUAAAAAUAGAGUCAAAUUUUUUGAGAGGAUAGGAAAGGUAUUACAAGUAAUGAGAAGGUUUUAUCUGAGAAAUAACUCUUCUUUAAAAGAUGAAGAUGAAAAAACAAACCAUAUCCUGUAUUGUGAGAAAGAAGCAGCAUAGGUUAAUAGGUUUAAUAUAUGCAUAUUUUCUCAAUGAUGACUUGGUUGAAUCCAUUCUGCAUGGUGAUUAGAAUACAUGCAAUCUUAACCUAUAGAAUAUUACUUGCUUCUUAUAUUUUCAACCAAGCUGUGCCCAUAUCAUUGUCCAUGUUUUUGCACUUGGAACAUUUAUGUGACAGAAUAAGGUGCUUGUUCCAGAUCUUAGAAUUACCAAGAAUUAGAAUAUGACCUCAAAGGUCAUCUAGUUUAUCCUCCCACCCAUUGCCACAGUUUUUCAGCAUCCCUGGCAGAAAGUCAUCAUCUAUUCUUCACUCAGUAGCAACAACUCAUUCCCUAAAAUGAACUAUUCUGAAUCUGUCCUCUCUGGGUGGGGAGUAAUUAAGUUGCCGUAAAUUAUAUUCUCUAAGUUUACAUGAAGUUACAACUAGUAGCUCUGUAGCAUUCUUGUCAAGUGAUCUAUUGAGCCCAAAUCUGCCUUUCUAUAAUUUCUCCCAUUGGUCUUGGUUCUAUUCUAUUCUCUAACUUGGGCAAAAUUCAGUCUUCCUUCUUCCCUGUAAUAGCCUUUCAGAUAUUGGAAGACAUUGAUCACAUAAGCCUUUUACACUAAGCUAACAUCUUAGCAGAGUUUCCAGCCUCAUUAAGAUUGUCCUAUAGAUUCAUGUAGUUUGUCAUUGACUUACUUAAGACAUAGCUAGAGAUACACAUGGUCCCAAAUAGAUCAACGUGUUUUUUUGGUUUUGUUUUUGACUAUCAUGUUAUUUUGUGGACUCCUAUUUACAGCCACUAAAACCUGCUUAUCUUUUACACAUGGCCUACCCUAGUUUUACAGUUGCAAGGGUCACCCCUUUCUGUCUACAUAAAUUCUCCCUAUUAAGUUUUGAAUAAUGGAUUUAGUCUAAGAUCAUUUUGCAAAAUCCAAGAAUUGGAAAAGAUCUCUGAGAACAUCUAGUCCGAUUUAAUCCUGGAUAGGUAUUCUCUCUGGGGAAGUGAUGUUGAGCAAUGGAAAAAGUGCCUGUUCUGGAGUCAGGAAGACAUCUUUCUGAGUUCAAAUCCAAUCUCAGACACUAGCCGUGUGACCCUAAGAAGUCAGCUAAACCUGUUUGCCUCUGUUUCCUCAUGUAUAAAAUUAGCUGGAGAAGGAAAUGAGGAACCACUCUAGUAUCCUUGUCAAGAAAACCACAAAAAGUCAGGCACAAAUGAAAAACAACAAAGGAAUUUCUUUAUAAUAUCCCCAAUCAAUUGGUAAUGGACCCUGUGUGCUAGUAAUGGAGGCUAAUUAUCUUUAGGCAUCCUCUUCCACUUUUGGUGUCAUCAGGAAGUAUGGCCUAUGCCAAGUUCUGCAGCUUCCUUUAUUAUUCUGGUCUGGGCCUGAGGAGAAUGUUGUACAGUGGGAAAGAGCACUAUCUCUAGAAUCCAAGAACCUGGGUUCAAAUCUCAAUUCUGACAACAUUCCCCGUGUGACCCUGUACCUCGCUUUCCUUGGGAAAACAAGGUGGUUUCUGAGAUUCCACAGCAAGAAUUAUGAUCCCAAGUAUAUUCCAAAACUCUUUGAAUUAAUAAACCUUCAAAUAAUGUUUUCCCCAAGCUAAAGAUUUCACUUUAAUUCAGUCAAUCCUUGUGUGUCACAGAUGCAAGACCCAUCGCCAUCCAAGUUGUAUCUUCUGGAUGCUCUCCAAGUAAAAGGGGACUCAGAAGGGAACCCAACUGUCCAGAUGUAGCCCAACCACCCCCUCCCUCGUGCACAUUAUAAAUCCUUUCUAAGAUGGAGCCAAACUGCCUCUCCUUGAUUUUCCCAGAUCCUUCUGUUUCUUCUCAUUCUCGGUUCUUUUGCCGAUGCUAAGAACCCUGGAGCUCAUUUAGCUUAUUGGUUAGUUAGACAUUCUAAUUUUGAGUCUUGCAUUCUCCACAACUAGCUUUUCUUUGGAAAACUUUUAAUUUAUUCAUUCAGUGAAAAUUAUGUUAAAUGCCUGCUCCAUUCAAGGUGCUGUACAGGAUCUUAAAGAAUUUAUCCCAAGUCUUGUCCCUAAGGAAUAAAAGGGAAUAUUGAGAGACUUAAAGCAAGUACACAAAAUGACCCCAAUGCCAAAUAGGCUUGAGAAAAGAAAGAUACAAACAAUUCAAUUCAGGGGAUGAAGAGGACUAACUCCAAUGGUGGGGUGGGAGAAGAUCAAAGUACUUCUCAGGUUUUAGUCCUUCACAUGCUUGCCCUAAUCAAACUGGCUUUGCUGACCCCUAUACAUAGCCUUCCAUCUUUUCUCACCAUUGCUUUGCGCUGGCCAUUCUUCUAGCCCAGAUACACAUCCUCACUGCUGCUUCUUAAAAUUCCUACUUUCCUUUGAUCCUUAGAUUAUUAAGUACCUCUUCCUCCAGGCCUUCCAUGAUUGCUUCAAUUGCUAGCGCCCAAUUACUUUGUGUUUACUAUGCAUAUAUUUGUGAAUAAUUCUCUGAUGUGUAUAUGUUUUACUUUUCACUAACAGAAUGGAAACUCCUUGAGGGCAGAGACUGUUUUGUAUAUUCAUCCUUUGUGCCACAUAUCUCCCUCCAGAACUGAGCAUUGGUCUCUGCACAUUGCAGAUGCUUAAUAAAUGUCUGGUUUGUCAUGUUUGAA